GUCUGGGCUGUUCAGCCUCAGCAGCUGUUGGAGCUACGAAGCCUUUUUUCAUCUUCUGCCAGGAUGGGAGUGUUACAGCUUCCCAACCCAUCUAGGAUUCUGUGUUUUACUUUUCAUAUUAUCCUCAUUCUGCUUCAACAGACUACUGCUGAAAGGGAACUGAAGUUUGUGGUUGUAGUUUUCCGACAUGGUGACCGAACACCAAUUGUAAACUUUCCAACUGAUCUACACAAAGAAAGUGAAUGGCCCCAGGGUUUUGGACAACUUACCAAGACUGGAAUGAAGCAGCUAUUUGAACUUGGACAGUACACAAGGAAAAGAUAUUCCAACUUUCUGAACAGCACAUACAACCGGCAAGAGUUUUACAUCCAAAGUACAGAUUAUGAUCGCACCAUUAUGAGUGCCCAGUCAUACCUCUCUGGCCUCUUUCCACCAACUAGCAGCCAAAUUUGGAACCCUGAGCUUCUCUGGCAACCCAUUCCAGUUCAUAUUUUUCAAAAAUCAACAGACCGGAGGCUGAAUCUUCCUCUGCCUGACUGUCCCCGUUUUGAUGAACUUCAAAAUGAAACACAAAGAUCGAGUGAAUUUCAAAAUAGAAUACAACCAUACAUGGAUUUUUUACAAACAAUGGCGGUUAACACAGGACUUGAACUAAAUCAUCUUAAAAUACUGGACAAUUUUCAGCUCUGGAAUACAUAUGAUACUCUACUCUGUGAGGAUAUUCACAAUUAUACUCUCCCUGUAUGGGCCACCAAAGAUGUAAUUGACAAGAUGGAAAAACUGGCAGAAUUAUCCUUAUUUUCGCUAUUUGGGCUUUAUAAAACAGAAGAGAAAUCACGACUACAAGGAGGUGUCCUUGUGAAUAUUAUUUUAAAUAGUAUUAAACAAGCUGCCAAUUCUUCGAAACAGAGAAAAAUGGAGGUCUACUCUGCACAUGACACCACAGUUGGGGCCCUCCAGAUUGCUCUCAAUAUUUUCAAUGGAAAACUGCCACCAUACGCUGCUUGCCAGUUUUUUGAACUCUACCAAGAAAGUAGUGGGCGAUAUAGCAUUGAAAUGCAUUAUCGGAACGACUCUUCAAAGGAUCCUUACCUACUCACUCUGCCCGGAUGCACCUCUGCUUGUCCACUUGAGAAGUUUGCUGAACUAGUUUCUCCUGUGAUUACAAAAAAUUGGUCAAAAGAAUGUGGGAGGAAGGACAAAAUGAAAGACAUUUUUAUUGGAUUUGACAUUGCUGUUGGCUUCUUGUGCAUUUUUGACCUUGUACUACUCUAUCUCCUUUAUCAUUAUGGACGCUGCAGGCGCAGAAACAAUUACCAAGACAUUUAAAGGGGAGGUAAAGAAAUGAAAGAGAGAGAAGCUAGACAUCAAGCAAUCCUUUAAGUUGCUUAUAUCCAUCAGUUUGCUCUGGUCAGAUUAAUCUCCAAAGCAUAUUCAAUAAAUCUAAAGAACUGAGGUAUCUGUGGCCUAGCUCCUAAAAGACUAAACAUCUGCAGUGAGAAAUACUGUAUGAAUACGUUAUUGUUAAGAAUUUACUUUUGUAGGAAGAUGGAAUUACUAUCUUUAGAUAAUGAUGGAAUUUGUAUCUUUAGGUUUUCUACUACUAUUAAUCAAUAUCUCUUAAGUCAAGCAGUGGGGUGAAGGGAUGGAAAGGAUGCUAUUGCCUAUGCGGUUUUUUUUAUAUCGCCUAUUACCAUUUAGCCCUCUGCUGCUCAAUGAGUCUUUCUUGAAAAUCACAGUCUGUAAUAUUUUCCUUACUUCUUAUAAAUGGCUAUUUUGUUGCACAGGAAAAGGUUUUCAGUGAGCGGAAGCUGCAAUUCCUGUGUGAAAAAGAUUCAUACCAGCAGUUGGGCAUAUUGUUUCUGCACUUACUCAUGCAAAUCUAUGCAUGAGUUUCAACCUUGAUCUUCAGCUAACAAAAGUCUGCAGCCUGCUUUUCAAAGCAGUUACACUACUAUAGCUCUCACCGAAAUUAGUAAAGCUUAGGGGAGCUCUGUCACAUAUCCAGGCAUCAAGCCAGAAGCUUAGUGCAACAAGAUCUUGGUCAGUGCCCACAACUUCAGUAAUAUGGAUAAAUAAAUACAUUAAAAUCUAUUUCCUGUUGCUACACUGCUUUCCCAUUUUUAUGAGCUCCCAGUCAUGAAUGGUCCUUUGCCCUGCAUCUUUUCUACAAUGCAUCUGUUCUCUGUCCAGCUUCUGGUUCCUCCUAUAAUCUCACUUCUUUGAGCCACUCUUACAAUAAUUCCUCAAGCUAUCACUCUGUUUGCCACCUUUCAUUUUAAUUUACAAUAACUCCUUUAACUCCUUGCUCUGUUCAAAAUCCCUUCUGUUAGUAAGACAUUGACAAUAAGAAAAUUAUUCUACGUUUUGUAUGUUGAUCUCUUCUGUGCAAUAUAUUUUGUUUAGAUUGUAAAUUCCUAAGGGGAGAAAAUGUGUUUCCAUAGUUGCUCUCUAGUAUCAUAAACUAGUGUCAUAAUCACUAGUAUUACUGUAUAAAAUACUGCUCGUCAUCAUA